AUGGUUCAUGUCGAAAAGGCUCAGAAAAAGGCCGGUCAAAACUCCGUAUUCCGCCACGUGCUCUCCAGCGAUAUGCCUGAGUCGGAGUGCGGGACCGAACAGCUUGCCCGCGAGGCCUUGCAGCUGUUCGGCGCGGGUACAGCCACGUUAGUCCGCGCCUUCAGUAUGAUUUUCUAUUACGUUCUGUCCAACCCGCAGAUGCGAGAUCGCCUCCGAGAGGAACUGAAGGAAAUCAUGGCAGAGUAUCCUGCGAAGAGACCCACUUGGCAGGAAUUGGAGAGAUUACCGUACUUGCACGGGACCGUAAAAGAGGGCUUGAGACUAAGUUAUGAGAUCAUGCAUUAUCUCGCCCGCGUCUCGCCCGAUCAAGCGCUGUAG